CCCUCUAAAUUACUUCCCAGGGCUCCAGUGACGACUGAGAGAGGGGGCAACACUUCUGAUCGGAGGCUCAGCAGCGCAGGGUAGCCUUUUCAGAGGGACGAGAAGAGGAGUGGAGAGGAAGAGUGCGCGAGAGAGGGUGUCCCAUCCGUCACACUAGCUGGAUGAAUCCACACUCCAAAACGUAUGGCUGCUUGAGAAAAUAACGCUAUUUUCCCCUUCUCUCUUUCUCUGGGACCUUUGGCUACAAGUUCUCUCCUAAUCAGAAGUUGUCACAAGUAUUUUUUCAGUUGCUCUUAAAAAGUUAACCCACUUUUGUCGUGGACGUCACUGGCGACCAUGGAUACACAUAUAAGAUGGAAAGUAAAACGGAGGAUAAAGGACUCGCAAAUCACUUUAGCGAUACUUCUACUUUGUGUCACAUCACAAGCCAGUUCAGUGGAGCCAGCGGACCUCUUGAAGAUUUUAGAUUUUCCCAGUUUACCUGAAGGCGUUACGAAAACCACAGGUUUCUGUGCGCAUAGGAAGUCAACAAAAGGAGCCGAUGUAGCCUACAGAGUAUCCAAAGAAGCACAGCUCAGCGCCCCCACCAAACAGCUGUACCCUGCUGAUGUGUUUCCUGAGGACUUCUCCAUCCUGGCUACAGUGAAGCCUAAGAAGGGCUCCCAGUCCUUCCUUCUGUCUGUGUAUAACGAGCAGGGUAUCCAGCAGCUUGGGGUGGAGGUGGGACGCUCUCCUGUCUUCCUGUAUGAGGACCACAUGGGUAAACCCAGCCCUGAGGACUACCCCCUCUUCAGAGGUCUCAAUCUGGCCGAUGGAAAGUGGCACAGAGUGGCCAUCAGUGUUCACAAACAGAGCAUCACCAUCAUCCUGGACUGUAAAAAGAAGACCACGCAGAAACUGUCCAGGAGCCCACACCCCAUCAUCGACACCAAAGGAAUUGUGGUCUUCGGAACUAGAAUACUCGAUGAAGAAGUCUUUGAGGGAGACAUCCAGCAGUUGUUGAUUGUGGCGGACCACCGUGCUGCCUAUGACUACUGUGAACACUACAGCCCCGACUGUGAGGUCCCUGUCCCAGAGCAGCCCCAAGCCCAGGACCCCAACACAGACGAAUAUAACACAGAGGAGGACAGCUAUUACUAUGAGUAUCCUUACUAUGAGGACAUGGAUGGGAAACCUUCCGAGUCCACCUCCGAGACUGAGACUGACGAACAAGCUGGACCUGCCACGGAAGACGUAAAGGUGUCCGUGCCAGAGAGCGGCCGUGUGGUCACCUCAGUCAAAGAGGUGGUGUCAUCAGUCAGGGAUACAGCCAGUCAGGGAGUCGAGGGCAAAGUGUUGACCGCCGUAUCUACCGGCAGCGCCUCCGCUGCAGCAGGAGCCGGAGCCGCCGGCGAGGAGGCCUACGGGGAAGAGACCAGCCCUUACGACGGCUAUGACACAGAUAGUUAUGGGAACUACGAAUCAUACUACGACGAGUCCACGGCCUCGCCCGACGCCAGUCGCAGAGUCACCAUUAGCAGCUCAAGCACGGGGACCGGCGCAGGGGUGGAGCUGGACCUGGGGUCAAAGUUUGACCUGGGCACGGGGGCGGAGUUUGAGAAGGUCAUCACCAGUAGUGGAGGAGUCACCAUCACACGCAACAAGACCUCGGCUGGAACAGGCUACAAUGACAACUAUGGUGAGGGUUAUGACCUGUCCUAUGGAGAGGGAGAGGAGUACAGCAUCGGUGGCGGUGGCCAUGACAGCAGAACCAGCAGCAGCAGUACUGUCGAAAUCGGUACUGGUGGUGGAGGUGGAUCUGUAUCGGUCGGGGGUGGUUCUGUUUCCGUUGGGGGUGGUUCCGUUUCCGUUGGUGGUGGUUCCGUUUCCGUUGGGGGCGGUUCCGUUUCCGUUGGGGGCGGUUCCGUCUCUGUAGGAGGAUCUGCCAGCGCCGGAGGUGGGACGGCAAGAGCAGGAGCUGGAGCUGGGGAUUCGGUUGCUACGGGAGCCGGGGGCCAGGGUGUGGCUAUUGAGGGAGACUACACUGAUCUGGAGGGUGAUCGGUUCAAAGAGGAGUCCAUCUCUGAGUAUGGGGACGUAGACUAUGGUUAUGGAGACCUGGACUACGGUGGACAGGAGGAAAAGGUGCUGCCAGCUGAGACAGACGAGUACUACGGACAGGUUGAUGGGUCUCGGGGAGAGAAGGGACAGAAGGGAGAACCUGCUAUCAUUGAGCCUGGAAUGCUGGUGGAGGGUCCGCCUGGUCCGGAAGGCCCAACAGGUCUCCCUGGACCCCCAGGUUCCUCCGGGCCCCCAGGCAGCCACGGAGACACAGGAGAAAGGGGUCCUAAUGGUCGUGCUGGUCUUCCUGGUGCUGAUGGUCUGCCAGGACCUCCAGGGACUGUCCUGAUGCUGCCUUUCCGCUUCAGUUCUGGAGGAGACUCUGGACAGAAGGGACCUCAGGUGUCUGCUCAGGAGGCCCAGAUGCAAGCCAUCAUGCAACAAGCUAGGCUGGCGAUGCGUGGUCCUACUGGCCCUAUGGGUUUGACAGGUAGAUCUGGUCCUCUGGGUUCUCCAGGUGUGGCUGGACUGAAGGGAGAGUCUGGAGAGUCCGGUCCUCAGGGACCUCGUGGACCAUUGGGUUCUCAUGGACCCUCUGGGAAGCCCGGCAGAAGGGGACGUGCUGGUUCGGAUGGAGCCAGAGGCAUGCCUGGUCAGACCGGAACCAAGGGAGACAGAGGGUUUGAUGGUUUGGCUGGACUUCCUGGUGAGAAGGGACACAGAGGUGAAUCUGGACCCCAUGGACCUCCCGGACCCACAGGAGAGGAUGGAGAGAGAGGAGACGAUGGAGAGAUCGGGCCACGGGGGCUGCCUGGUGACCCAGGACCUCGUGGAUUGCUGGGACCUAAGGGACCUCAGGGACCUCCCGGAUCCCUUGGUGUAACUGGAAUGGAUGGCCACCCUGGACCCAAAGGAAACAUUGGACCACAAGGAGAACCUGGUCCCAAUGGACAGCAAGGGAACCCUGGUGCUCAGGGACUUCCAGGUCCUCAGGGAGCCAUCGGGUCCCCGGGAGAGAAGGGGCCUACUGGAAAAUCAGGACUGCCAGGAAUUCCAGGUGCUGACGGACCCCCGGGUCACCCUGGCAAGGAAGGACCCAACGGAGAGAAAGGACAUUUGGGUCCCGCAGGCCCCCAAGGCCCAAUCGGUUAUCCCGGGCCCCGAGGCGUGAAGGGAGCCGACGGUGUACGAGGCCUGAAAGGAGGAAAGGGUGAAAAGGGAGAAGAUGGAUUCCCUGGCUUCAAGGGAGAUAUGGGAAUCAAGGGUGACAGGGGUGAGCUGGGACCUGCUGGACCCAGAGGUGAGGACGGACCUGAGGGGCCCAAGGGUCGCUCCGGUCUUCCUGGAGAUGCUGGCCCUCUUGGACCCAACGGUGAAAAGGGCAAACUGGGUGUUCCAGGGUUGCCAGGAUAUCCAGGAAGACCAGGACCAAAGGGAUCUCAGGGAUUCCAAGGUUUCCCCGGAGCCAACGGAGAGAAAGGAACAAGGGGACUUGCAGGGAAGGCUGGCCCAAGAGGACAGAGAGGACCAACGGGGCCUCGUGGAGAGAGGGGACCAAGGGGACCAACAGGAAAAGCUGGACCAAAGGGUACCUCAGGAAGUGAUGGCCCCCCAGGACCUCCCGGCGAGAGGGGUCUUCCAGGGCCUCAAGGACCAACAGGAUUCCCCGGACCAAAGGGCCCACCCGGACCUGCUGGGAAAGAUGGUCUGCCCGGCCACCCUGGACAGAGAGGAGAGACUGGUUUCCAAGGCAAGACUGGCCCACCUGGACCCCCAGGAGUGGUUGGACCUCAGGGCCCCACAGGUGAGACUGGACCAAUGGGAGAGCGUGGCCAUCCAGGACCCCCAGGCCCACCCGGUGAGCAGGGUCUUCCUGGAUCUGCUGGUAAAGAGGGAGCUAAGGGUGACCCCGGUCCUGCUGGCCCGGCUGGUAAGGAUGGUCCCCCUGGUCUGAGAGGGUUCCCAGGAGAGAGAGGUCUGCCCGGCCCAGUGGGGGCUCACGGCCUGAAAGGGAAUGAAGGCCCCAACGGCCCACCUGGACCUGCUGGUUCCCCUGGUGAGCGUGGUCCUGCUGGCCCAGCCGGACCCACCGGUCUCCCUGGACGACCAGGACCUCAGGGACCCCCUGGACCCGCUGGAGAGAAGGGUGGACCGGGUGAAAAAGGACCCCAAGGCCCCGCCGGUAGAGAUGGUGUCCAGGGACCUGUUGGUCUGCCUGGCCCAGCUGGACCUCUCGGACCCCCAGGAGAGGAUGGAGACAAGGGAGAGAUUGGAGAGCCAGGUCAGAAGGGAGGCAAAGGAGACAAAGGAGAGCAUGGUCCACCUGGUCCUACUGGUCCCCAAGGCCCGGUUGGGGCGCCUGGUCCUGCUGGAGCUGAUGGAGAGCCCGGUCCCAGAGGUCAGCAGGGUCUGUUUGGCCAGAAGGGAGAUGAAGGAUCCAGAGGAUUCAAUGGACCCCCUGGCCCAGUGGGACUUCAGGGAUUACCAGGUCCGGCCGGCGAGAAAGGAGAAACCGGAGACGUUGGUCAGAUGGGUCCUCCCGGUCCUCCUGGCCCCAGAGGCCCCUCAGGACCCCCAGGAGCUGACGGCCCUCAGGGACCUCCUGGUGGUAUUGGAAACCCUGGAUCUGUUGGAGAGAAGGGUGACUCAGGUGAAAACGGAGAGCCUGGUCUUCAGGGAGAACUUGGCGGACCUGGCCCAAGAGGAGAGCGAGGAGAGAAGGGAGAGUCCGGUCCUGCAGGUUCUGCUGGACCCCCUGGCCCUAAAGGUCCCCCUGGAGAUGACGGUCCUAAAGGAAGUCCUGGUCCAAGUGGUUUCCCUGGUGAUCCUGGUCCCCCUGGCGAGAUCGGACAGGCUGGUUUAGACGGUCCUCCUGGUGACAAGGGAGACGACGGAGAGGCUGGUCAACCUGGUUCUCCUGGACCCACCGGAGAGUCAGGUCCUUCUGGCCCACCAGGAAAGAGAGGCCCCCAUGGUACAACUGGACCCGAGGGCAGGCAAGGAGAGAAGGGAGCCAAGGGAGAGUCUGGUCUGGAGGGCCCACAGGGAAAGACAGGCCCCGUUGGUCCGCAGGGAGCACCUGGCAAGCAAGGUUCUGAAGGUCUCAGAGGUAUCCCUGGCCCAGUUGGGGAACAAGGUCUUCCAGGUUCCUCAGGCCCCGACGGACCCCCUGGACCCAUGGGUCCUCCAGGAUUACCAGGUUUGAAGGGAGACUCUGGCAUUAAGGGAGAAAAGGGCCACCCUGGUCUGAUCGGUCUGAUCGGGCCCCCAGGAGAGCAGGGAGAGAAGGGUGACAGAGGUCUGCCAGGCCCCCAGGGGACAUCAGGACCCAAAGGAGACAAUGGUAUUGCUGGCCCCUCGGGUCCUCUUGGUCCCCUGGGACCUCCAGGAUUACCAGGUCCUCCUGGUCCUAAAGGAGCUAAGGGGUCAUCGGGUCAAACUGGUCCCAAGGGAGAGACUGGUGUUCCUGGACAACCUGGGCCUCCUGGUCCUCCUGGGGAUGUCAUCCACCCGCUGCCCAUGCAGUCGAGCCCCAAGCGGAGCCGCAGGAACAUUGAUGCCAGCCAGAUGAUGGACGAUGCCAAUGCAGAUGCCAACUACAAGGACUACGACGAUGGAAUGGAGGAGAUCUUCGGAUCCCUCAACUCCCUCAAGCUAGAGAUUGAGCAGAUGAAGCACCCACUGGGAACACAGGGCAACCCCGCCCGCACCUGCAAGGACCUGCAGCUCUGCCACCCUGACUUCCCCGACGGUGAAUACUGGAUCGACCCCAACCAGGGUUGCUCGAGGGACUCUUUCAAGGUCCACUGCAACUUCACAGCAGGAGGAGAGAGCUGUAUCUACCCUGAUAAGAAGUCUGAAGGGACUAGGCUCACCUCCUGGGUAAAGGAGAUCCCUGGCUCCUGGUUCAGUGAAUUCAAACGUGGUAAACUGAGCAAAAUGGCAAAAUGGCCCAAAGACUCCCCAGGCUCUUGGUAUAGUCGCUACAAGCGAGGUUCCCUGCUCUCGUACGUGGACGCUGAGGGCAACCCCAUUGGUGUGGUCCAGAUGACCUUCCUGCGUCUGCUGAGCGCGGCUGCCCGCCAAAACCUCACCUACAACUGCUACCAGUCAGUGGCCUGGCACAACCAGGAUGGGGACUCAUACGACAAGGCCAUCCGCUUCUUGGGCUCCAACGACGAGGAGAUGUCCUACGAUAACAACCCCUACAUCAGAGCCGUGGUGGACGGCUGUGCGUUGAAAAAGGGCUAUGAAAAGACAGUACUGGAGAUCAACACACCAAAGGUGGAACAGGUGCCUUUUGUUGACAUCAUGUUCAAUGAUUUCGGCGGGGCUACGCAGAAGUUUGGAUUCGAAGUGGGUCCUGUCUGUUUCAUCGGCUAAGACUGUUUACUGAACAAAAUGGAGAAAAUAAAAAGCAUAUUUAUUUUCUCAGAAACAAAACACAUGAAUAGGACUAUUUGUAUUUGUGUAAAACAUUCUGUGUCCAAAAGCAACAAGUAUGAAUAAAAUACACAAAAAUCAAGAUGAGAAUACUACAAUAAAUUUCUAGAGGAUUCGAUAAGAAUAAUAAAAAAAGAGCAACCUUGUAACCUCAGUGUGCCUUCUCCAUCACAUGCAAGUUUUGAAACUGAAUAAGUCAGAUACUACCGACCCCUAUCUUCACCCAUGACCCCUAUCACCGUUCCCAAACCUCCACCCACUCCCAGCGCACUUGAUGUAAAUCCAGUCUGGUUGUCGAACUCACCGGAGGCAAACUUUUACCUGCUACUCCACUGGUUUCAGAAGGUUGCCAUGGACUCCAUCCCAUGUGGCAGUUUUCUUCUUAGUUUUUUUUAUUGGUUUUUGUUGUUGUUUCUUUGUCUCCCUCUCAAUUCCCACUUUGAAUAUUUUAUUCAUUCGUUCAUUCGUUCAUUCGUUUGCUCCUUCAUUCAUUUCGGAAGCUUUGUUUUGUGCAUAAUUGUCUCCCCAUUCUUCUGAAUGGAACUUAUAUAUAUAAAUAUAUAUAAAUAUUUUUUGUAUGUUUGUAAGUACUUUCUGUAUAUUUUUCCUGGUAAUGUUUAUUGUUUCUGGCUUCAAAACAUGCAUGUGACCUUUUAAGACAUGAGGUAAAAGAUGAUGGUCAUUGGAAUACAUCAAAUUCGCAGAUACUAAAGUAAGGAAUUGGACAUGUAAAUUGGAGAAUAGAUGAGGAGUGCUUGUCUUGUUGCUGGGUGUGAAGAACACCUUAUUGUAAUUUAAGAAACGAAUGAAAAUAAAAUAUGGAAAUAUUACUCUGCGCUAGUCUGUGAGUUGAUUAGCAUAACAGAAAAUGUACCAAGAUAAAAAUGACAAACAUUCCUCCUCUUCUUGUGUCCUAUUUUGGGUGCAUUUUGAGAUUUUAUUAACUUAAUAAACAACUGAUAUUUUUUUCCUUCAAUACUUCCAUAUUUCUACUCUCAAACUAUAUAUGCAGCAGGAGAUGUCACUUUUCAAUGAAACACAAGAAAUCAAUACUUAGGUGCUAUUUUUUCUCCUGUGGUGCUAUGAUAUUUUCAAGUUUGUUGUUAUUUUGAAAGUACAGUAAGCUGAUGGUGGUGAUGUUAACUCGUCACCAUGACUACCCUGUCUGUCUGUCCCUUACCCUGACCCUCUUAGCUAUCACCUCUGACACAACAUCUUCGCUACAUUCUUAUUUAUGUCCAGGGGUGUUUUAAUGCAUGCCAGUUUGCUUCAUAUUCAUUCAUAGAUCCAUGCAGUAUUUUAUUUUAUGUAUUUCUCUGCUUCCAAGGCCCACUUAGUAAAGACUAACAGCAUCUGAUCAUACUGCAACUUACUUGGAAUGUGCUAAUAUAAAUAAGAUUGUACUCAGUUGCCGAAUGUGGUGCUAAUUUAUCACAUUUUAUUAGAUGUCUUUAAAAAAGAAAGAAGAUGGUAGAAGCGAUGCUGCAAUGCUUGCAUAUCAUGGUUCCAUGACAUGGUGCAUUUUGUGAAUGGAUCUCAUGAUUGGUGUUCUGUGCAAUGGAUAAUCUUUUUCACUUCGUCAAGCUUUUUACUGCUUUUAUUUUUCGGGGUUGGGGGUGAAGGUGACUGGUUUGGAAUGGGUACGGAGUGUCUCCCCCUUUGAGUAUUCCAAAGCACAUGGCCAAGGAACAGUUUGGAGUUUUGGUACCUGAAACCAUUAACUUUCUUACCAAAGGCUUUUUUUUAAAUAUAGCUUUAAGUUCCUAGAGGGCCAAGAAUCCACUAAGUAUUUUGAAAUCCACUAUUUGAAAAUGUGGUAGAAUUGUCUAAUUAUGAUUAAAAUCAGAUGUGUCAUGUACAAGUCAAAAAUAUAUUUUCAAACAUAUAUUUAAAAAUAAUAAUUUUAAAAAAUGAAAAAUUUAGAUUUUUUUUUAGUGAACGAUAUUUAAUAGUCCAUCAGAUUAGCCCGCUUAAAGGUAGAAAAGCCAGAUGCAAAGCUUGUUUUUGUUUUGUUGUUUGGGGUCUUCUGAUUUAACUGUUGUUUUACUUUCUUAAGCCCUAGUUAUACCCUUGUACAAACUAUGCACUCUGCCUGCUUUUAACCACUACAGCAUCUGCCACAGAAAGUUUUACUGUCCUGCAUAAGUAGCUUGUUUUGUAUGUUUUUGGUUUUUACCUUCUAGAUAUGUGACUUGAACCAUUUACGUUAAGAUACACUUAUUGAUCAUCCGUUUUUAAUGUUCAUUUCGAUGAAGCACUCCAAAUUUAACAUGUUUGCUUUCAAUAAAAGGACAAAACAUUUUUGUCAAUUUUCAGAACCAGCAGUAAUGCUGCCAAUAACGUUUUUUGUUUUUUGAAUUGUUUUACGUUUGUCUGUUCGUUAGUUUUUAUGGUCUUGUCAAAAGAGAGUAAGAGAGGAUAGAAGAUAUAUUGGUUUUUAUGUUUUAUGUCAAUAAAUUUAAGUUUACUGUGGCCACCCACUCUUGUAUGUCUUUUGAAGCAUUAAAACCUAUCUGUAUGCAUGAAAUUGUAAAGUUUUUUUCUCUUGUUUUUAUACUUUACAAUGACAUGAUCUCCAACCCACUUUUUAUUAUUAAAAUAGGUAGAAUGCUAAAUUUCAUAUGCUAAAAUUGAAAACGGUCAUGUCCAUAAUUGUGAAGUGGAGAGAGAAUGGUGAUGUUGUAACUCUCUACCCACAGCCAAUGUUCAUUUGUAGUAUAUUUAUUGUAUUAUUUAAAAAUAAAUGUAAAUUGACACCA